GAAUUGUUUUGAGCGGAACCGAGAGUCUGUGUGUUGUUUUCAGACGGUCGAAGGAACCUUCGUCCGACCUUGUUUUGCAUUCGUGUGGGAAGCAGCAAGGAUCGUCUUUACUGUUUUGUUUUAACCUUGUUAACUUAAUUUUGGCAGAAUUGUGAGGUUUUGAAGAGUCACGCUUUACAAACAACAGGCUACAACUGUUAGCUUCAACGAGAAAUAUUAAAAGCCGCUCCAAAAGUGCAGCUAUGAGGCUAACAGGACUGAAAGCCCCGCUAACAUUAGCCUAGCUGCUUUUAUCUCUGCUUUAUUAUCAUGUCAGCAGCGCUUUUAAUGCCCCUGAAAUGCAGCCGCCAUGGUAAACUUAUUUACAAAGUGUUUACGCAGACACAACGACACAGAUACCUUUCAAAUGUCUACCCAUCUGCUGAGCACCUCAGGAAGUUUAUUUCAGAAAACACGGAGAUAACAGGGGAGCAGAGUCUGACUCCUGAGAUCAGGCUGAGGUUAUUCACCCCCCGUUGCAGAUUCUGGCGAGAGAGACCGGAGUUAUGGCCCUUUGAUGACCCCUACUGGGCUAUAUACUGGCCAGGGGGACAGGCACUGUCGAGGUAUGUCUUAGAUAACCCUGAGGUGUGCCGGGAUCAGACGGUCCUGGAUCUGGGGAGCGGCUGUGGAGCCUCAGCUAUUGCUGCAAAACUGUGUGGUGCUGCUCACGUAUUAGCUAAUGACAUUGACACUGUUGCAGCUGUUGCGACCCAAAUGAACUGUGAGCUGAACGGGCUGGAGCCACCUGUUUGUGUGACGACGAACAUGAUUGGUUCAGAACCCGACGCCUUCAGCCUGAUCCUCUUAGGUGACAUGUUCUACGAUGAGGCCCUCGCCACUCACCUUCACAGCUGGUUGGACAGUUGUGUCAGAGUCCAUGGCACUAAAGUACUUAUCGGAGAUCCCGGCAGAGCCCAAUUUGAGAGUCACAGCAUCCGACAGCUGCUGCAUCAGCUAGCCCAGUUUGAGCUGCCCGAGUCUGUUAGAGAGGAGAACUAUGGUCUAACUUUCAGCAGUGUUUGGUGCUACCGUCCUGAACUGUAACAAAUAAAUCGUAGCAUUUGUGAUGUA